CUUUCAACAUCGUGCAUAUAGCUUUGAUUUCGUCCUUCGACGUCAAGAUUGUGGAAUGCCAAUACCACACGACCGUCGUCCAAAACUCGUUCUCUGGAUAAGUAUUUUGUCGUGUUGCAAAGAUUUUUGGAACAAAUCUCGAGGAGGUCGUAGUAGUUUUCUUGUUUUUGCAAAAUUUCCUCUACAGUGCUACUUCCUUAUGAAUGUCUCUCCCGCCCCAGAAGUCUGAAAGAAGAUAUCACAUGACAAAACGUCGUAGUACCCCCGCGCAUGAUAAACUAGUUUCCUCUCGCAAGUUUGUGACAUUAACUAAACCCUCUUCCUUCCCCCUACAAGACUAUCCGCAAAUAGCAAAUUCUCCAUAAGUAAUCAAAAAAUUUUUCAACUCUACUCUGACCAUGCCCCCACGACAUCAACCGGGCUGCGUGGAGGUCCGUUUUCUCGAAGAUUUUUCUCAUCAAAGCCACCUCUCCUGUAGUGGUUUCCGCAUGACAAAUUUCGCUCGCCAUGACGUCGACUAGUGGGUCGACGUCUAUUUUGCCGCAAAUCGAGCAAAAUAACUACGUCGGCGGUAGUAGAGGAGAACUAGAAGAGCGUAGUCAGUUGAAUUUCGCAGCGAGCAACUACUACACCGGCAACCCAACUUCUGGCGAUCUUCAAGAAACAAGGCCAAGAGAAGAAAGUCCAGUAGGAUUAGAAGUGAAAACACGACGAACAUCAAAUUCCAACAAGAACAUCCUUCGUCAGCAGUUGGAGCAGCUGCGCCAAGCCGGUGAGUCUAUUCGGUUCCGCUUAGGCUUACCACCUGGGAUUUCCGUUUCUAGCAAAGCGCUUUUGGCCGUGAACCGGUUCAAGCGGCUAAGCAGCCGGAAGAGCUGCACCAGUAAGGAGCUUGGAGAGGAAGAGGACGAGGACGACGACGAUAUUAGACCAGCACGCGACAGCGCUGCGGAGGCAAUUAUCGGGGUAAAAGGCGAGGAGCAGGAUCAACAGAUCGUCUUGCAAGAAGAGGCUCUGUAUAAUUUCCCCCCGAGUUCCUUGAACUUGAAUCAGGAAGACGAGGUACUAGAAGAGGCACAGAAGACCGGAGGUGCAAGAACUACUGCUGCGCAGAAGUUGACAGCACAACUACACAAAGACGAUCGCGACACGACCCUGGACAUCCGAGGAACAGCAUCUUCACCUGGGCUUCGACGUCUAGACCUCAAUAAAACUGCGUCCCCGCACAACAACAACUUUCUUUACAGGGACCGCCUUACCCCGCUAGAGCAGGGCUCUUUAUCCUCCCGCGGUAUCGGGCAGGCCAUGCAGCCGACGGGGUCUUCCGCCUCCAAUAUGCCACCCAAGACGUGGUUCCAGUCAGACGUGGGCCUCGGGCCGUUGAUUCCAAAGGAAAAGGGGAAAAACGCACCUGGCGGCGUCAUUUUCGUUUCCGGCGCCCCGCAACCUCCGCGGAAGAAAGGCGUCGGCGCAACGGGUUCGACUCCGCCACAAAGCCCCAGAGCCCACCACGAUUCGGACGCGGCACGACGGCCGCGCGAGCCCUUGAAAAUUCACCCGGGAGUUAUGGCGAACAAGCAGGCUGGCAGUGUUCCACCCAGACUGAAACGGGCGGUCCUUCAUAAGGACCCGAGCAAGCCGCAACGGAAGGUGGAGAAUGUGGAGGAGAAAUUGUUUUCAGCACCACCCAACGUGGAGCAAGUAGAAGCAGUGGAAGAGAUUCCCGUGUUGUUUCCGGAUUCUUAUGAGAAUUUGAUGAACGAAGAGGACAAUGUGGCGAGCCAUGCUGCAACUACUGGGUCGCCAGCAGCCAUCAAAAAACCUUCGCAAUCCGUCGUUCCAAAGCCGGCAUCUCCUCCUCCGCAACAGCGUGCGGCAGCAGCUUCAUCUCCCAACGCCCCGUCCUCGUCUACUCAGAGAAAGGUUUCUUUCGUCACGCCGAAAAGCGCCCGGCCACCGGGUGGAGGAGGUGGUGCCAGUACAGCAGCGGCUAGUACAACUACAACUGCUACACCAAGUACAACGACGAGUACUCGACCGGGUGUGGUUACUUUUUCUCGGUCCGCUACCGCCCCGGCGAAAACGAAAGCAAAAGCAGUGACCACCUCCUCCAAAGUGCCCGUGGCGAUUAGAGGGCGUGGCAUGCAGCCUGGUGCCACGUCUACUGCGAGAAGCCCUGGGGGUGGUCCUACUUCUGUUUCCGCGACGAGGCAGAUGCCCACGACAAUGGUGCAAGGGGAGUACAUGGUAAAACCGAAAGUUUCCCGCACGAGCGCCAGUUACGAGGCUUUUGUCGAGAUUGAAAGGACUGCUCCGGCGGCUGCACCUCCUACGCUUCCACCAGCUGGUGUGCCGGACAAGGCAAAGGCUGCGGAAACGUACAGUCCCGCUGAGCAAGAAGAAGAAGAUGGGCCCGUGCCAGCACCGACUAGCACAGGAGGAGCUGAAGUUUCUUCGACGACAGCACCGGUGACUUCCAUCACUGUUCCCGUCCCGCGCAAGAAGAAGGAGCAGCAGAAUAUGGUGUACGGCUUUGCGCGGUCGGGGGUCAGCACGACGUCGAAUGUCUCAACGGCGUUGGGAAACAUCAAGCCAACUGCUAACCCUACUGUGCCGCCAACGCCAGUGAAAACGCAGGAGUCGCAACAGAAACAAUUUAUCCAGUCCCCCUCCGGCAUGACAAAUGGUCUCGAAAAUUCGUCCCCCGAUGUAUCACUUUCGCCCGCGGCAAGGGGUGGGAGAGGAACGACUAGUGGUGAGAAUUCUAGGUCGCAAAAAACCCGAUCGGGGUCAAACAGCAACUCCAUCGUGCAGGACGAGUACAGUGGCAUGCCGCGGAUGUCGGUGGAAGGGUAUGUGGAAUCGGGACUGCGAGAGCGAGGCUCUUCUAUCGGGACCAACGCCACUAAUUCGAAGAAUAAUUCCGUCGUGCAGGACGGGUAUUCGGGCAUGCCGCGGAUGUCGAUAGAGGGGUAUGUGGAGUCAGGACUCCGCGGCUCUUCCGGGGGCGAGGCAUCUGCUGGUCGUGGACAAGAUGCAGAUGAUUACGAGAGCGACGACCUUGUUCGCAACACUUUUAUCCAGCAGGGCUACACGGCGGAACCGAAAAUGGAAGUGGAAAAGUACAUGGCGUCAAAUUUGCCCGGCCGCGGCACGGAACUCGUGGAUGCGAUUAAGCAGCAAAAAGCAGACGAAGAGACUUUCAAGCAAGAGCAGCAGCGGUCUCGGUCCUCGCCUGGAAUAAACGCGGCGGGAACUACACGCGAGAAAGCCGCUGGCGUGGUUGCUGUACCACAAGUGGGUAAGUGUUCCGCGCCGAACCUUCAGAACCCGAACCGACCAAAUGACCGUGGCAGCUCCUUAGUGCAGGGGGAGUAUACCGCUGCAGCAAGGACAACUUCGAUGGAUUUAGUCCAGCUCCCCAACACCGCAAUGACUGCGCCUAGUUCAACCAGAACGACGGCGCAAAGCAUUCACAGUCGGACAAGCGCGCCGCAUACCAGGCCGACUUCCCCGGCUUCGGUAUUUCACAAGGAUGGGGUGGUAAAUAAGUCAAUAGCUGCAAAUAAACCCGGUGGAAUGAACAGCGCAGCAACUGGCAAUAUUUCUCCUCCACUUAGCCGGUCCGCAAGCAGUUCCUCUUCUACCUCGAAGAAGGCCCGCAGUACGAGUGCCGCUGUCAACAGCAGGAGCACGAGUAGUAGGCAAGCCUCGCCGGUGAUACGUUCGAAAGCGAAGCCCAUUACAACUUCCAGCUUGACCAACAGCCGCCAGCCCUCCCCGAACAUCUCCGCUUCGAAGCGGCAGGUGGCGGCUCAAGGGAGUAGUAUCAAGCCGAAGUCCUCCUCCGUUCCCCGGGGGGUCAAGAGCACCUUGUCAAGCGAAAACAAAGCGAUGCCGCCUGUGCAGGACCAAAGUAAAAAGCCAGUUGCAACAUCAAUCGGCGGGGGUGCUGGUGGAUCUUCAUCAUCCGCUACUCCCUCCCAGCAACAAGAGGUGACCAACGUCAUCGCCCACCAACCACAAGCUCCGAUCGUGCCUGAAGAAACUGACCCCGCCGCAACCUCCGAGGGCAGGCAGGCCUCCCACACGUCCGCUUUUCAUCUGAAACGGCUGAAAUCCCGCAUGGGCAGUCUAAUCGCGCUGGAGGGCGCGACGAAACUCGCCAGGGAAUCAAGGGGACAGGGGAGUGGCACGUCGCUCAAUGGCGCAACGAAAAAGCGGAAAUCGAUCGUGAAUUCCGAGAUGACAAAAGCCGGCGUGCCCGAAUCCGGCCGGCCACGGGAAGCAUUUGGCGGGUUCGAUCUCGCGAACAACACCAACCCGAGCAGUCCGAGCGUGUCCUCCGCGUCCGCGGCACAGAUUGUGGACAGCCCUUCACAAUUGAGGUUGAUUCAGUCCGCGGAACGCAUGGAAAAGCUGGUGUCGGAACUGGUGGAGAAUGAAGAAGAGGAAAAUCUCUUCUUAGAACGAAUCCAAGAUGAUGUUGACAACUACGAUGCGGACGGUAUUUCGACCGACGCGCAGACGACUAGCUUACUGUCCACGCCGCGACGACAGGAAAAAACACCUUUGGGAGCAGCGAUUCCUCUUGUUGGGGAUACUAGUAACGCCAGCAAUACAAGUUCCUUCCCUUCCCUCUUCGUCGACGCAAAAAGCGGCCCUAGUUCGCCAGCGCAGGAGUCGAGAACGAAUAUGGUCGUACAAAAUAAACCUCUGGGUGGUCAUGCUGGACAACUACCGGAAAUAAACAGCAAACCACCGCAAGAGGACGAUGUAACAUUCUUCGACCCGUUAACCCCGGAGGAGCACGUGAGUCAAAUUAUCGACGUGUUGCGGACAACGCUACACGAAGUUCCCAAGGACAUCGCGGACACCGCUUUAGACGAGGUCGACAAAGCGUUCGCGAAAGCGCAAGACCGACUGUCGCUUGCGGGCCAGGGAUAUCAAGUGCAAAAAUGUCUGGGUCUGGAAGGAUGCAAGUUUGUCAUGCUUGUCUGGCAUGACUCGAGAAUCUGUGUUGCAUAGGCACGAAAGAGCCCUCUUAACUGUCACGCGAAAAGGCAGUUUGCCAUGCGGAAUACGUAAGACAUGGCAGCCACAAAGUUUGUCAUACGUAGCUGCGUACUGUGGCGCGUCUAUCAUUCACUUUUAGCAUUACAAGUUUCCAGGCCCUGACAUUUUUGCAUUUGAUAAGGGACGGAUGGAUUUGGAAUCUUUGAAAGACGAGCUGGACAUCGUUUUAGCGAUUUUGUCGCCGGAGCAGGCAGACAAGGUCUUGCAGCACUUCGCCGCGAUUGCCGGCGUGCCGCUUCCGCAGCCGGGGGGUGGGAAACAAGGGAACCAAGCAGCGGCUGGUCCUGCGGAGAGUUCGAAGAGUUCGGACGAGCAACAAGCUCUUGCAGAGGUAGGAAAAACAAGCGCAACCCCAACUACGCCACUCCCCCAAAGACAGGAAAACCAGCAACUCAUCCAGCAGAUCGCCGUCGGUCCCAACCCCGCGGAAUUGGAAAGGGUUAUUCACCGCACGCUGGCAAAUUACCUGCCGAGUAGCGACAUGGCGGCACAGGUCAUGGAGCGAUUACUGAAAAUCGCGGAUGUUGCGGUGGACAGAAUGUCAUCAAUGGCGCCCCCGCCUGCGGAGAUAUCAAAUGUCUCUGUCAUGCGGGAUGAACAGGAAACGACGACGACGUCAGAGAAGAGUGCUGAAAAGGACCUGACGUUUGCCCAACAGCAGGAAAUAAAGCAGGAAAAAAACUCUUCCCAAGAAGCUGUUGCGAAAAUGGACAAGAAGUUGGAAGAAGUGGAUCACGUUUUGAAGCAGUUGGAUAAGUUCAUGAAAGGGGAGGAUAGAAGAACAUCUGCGAAUAUUAAACCGAGUACUACCGAGGUAGAACAAUCGGGACUUGAACAACAAGACGUCGACGUUGAAUUAUCUGCAAAAAGUACAUCAACCAACUCCGCCGAACAUCAAAGACACACCGAGACGAGCAGCAGUAGAAAACACGCCUCUAGCAAGAAAUUUUCCACAACUUCUUCCUCCACCUCUCACUCUUUAAUACUGGGCCCCGCAGCUACGGUGAGACAAAGAUCCACCAUGUUUCUCGACGAUUUCCUUGGCCGGAGGUCCACUUUUGUGAACAACAGAAAAUCCCUUACCGAUCAGGAGCGGCAGAAGGUAGAGACCCAAGUUCGCGAAUCCGUCCGGUUUUGUAUUCAAAACGCGGCGGAGGAAGCUUUCACGGCGUGGCAUAGGAAAACGUCAAAUGGAAAUGCUGGAACGAAGCCGCAUUCCCGCUCCGGGUCUCCAACGGUACAAACAAGCAGGUUCUCCCAGAACCAAAAGCCGGCGGAGCAGCAAACCCAAAAGCAGGACGAUUUUAUCAGUCCAGAGGUGGUGGAAAAAGCGAAACUUGCGAUUGACUUGGAUUUGGAAGAGAUCUUCGACGGACACAACAUUGACCGAACCCACGCCAUGUCCAUGAAAGCGCGCACAAAGAAAUUGGAGUCUAUGCGCUCGCAAUUGAGCUCGAGACAGUUGGUAUCAUCGAGAACCACAGCCCCUAGUUCUGGUAAGAAUUCCGCUUCCCUUCCCCUACCUGGAUGGCUGUUGAAGUACCAACAAGCUGCGAAAAGUUCCAGCAACUUGGGUACAGGCAUCACCGGCAUGACAAAUGCUACAGUUCCAACCGGUCGGACUUCGAACAGCCCGGAGCAAGAUUUCCGCAUUGUCGCGAUCGGCGAAUUAGUCACCAAAUCGGUGAAGCUUGCUUUGGAAGACGCCGCGACUACCACCGGCGGCGGCAGGAGCGACAUCUUUGUCCGGGGGAUUGCGAAUCGGCUGUAUGAUACGUUCGUGUUUGAUUUGGAAAGGGGGUUUUCCUACCUAGAUUUGGAGCGCGGGAUGCCGAGUGAAGACAUGGGAAACACGUACGAGAUGCAGGAACAUGAUCAAUCUUCAAAUUACUGUGUCGACGACGCGGUGAACCAACAGAUAAAUUCCGCGCGGUUGCUGGAGUUCGAGAACGAGCAGACCCAGCGGAAUUUUUUAGCGAUGGCGGACCAACAGGGUGAAGAUGACCAUUUGAACAUCAAUUACAACCGAGGACUAGACAGCCGGUAUUACAACAGGCAAUUGCAGAAAUCCUUAGCACGGGACGAACGAUUUUCGAUCGACAGAAAGCGAGGAGACAAUGAUUUACUAUUUGCGUAUAAUGGAACUGGAGCAGGUACAACAACUACCGCUCCUCCGAUGUUGAACCAGCAGAAUUCGUUGUUACCCUUGUUUCAGGAUGAUGAUGAAGGGUUGGAGUACGAAAACUUUCUCCACUUGCGGGGCAGAAGUCCGACGGUGAAGGAGGGAAGAAAUAAAGAACGCGGUGGUCCUGUUCCUGCUUCUUCUACAGUCGUGGGUGCUGGUAGAUCGGUGAAAACCAAUCGGGGGAGCUCUGUUUUGGACUGGCCGACAAGGACGACAGGGAUAAAUGGGGUCGCUACUGUCACUUCACCCGGAGCAGGUGGCAAGAAUGGUCACUACUACCGAAUUGUCCCGGAGUUCACAAUCGAGAACAACGAGGAGAGCAGUCGUGGAAGUAGGCUGUAUUCAACUUAUCUAGAAGAUAGGAACAGCCAGGAAGGACAACCUCUGUUACAGCAGGAUCGAACGACUACAGCCGCAGCAGCUACACGACAGAGUGGACGAGCUCCAGUGGGGCCGUCUGGUGGAGUUGUUGCGCCAGCUGCUCAACAUUCUGCCCCUUCUGCUUCUGCCCUACAGCCGUUUCAGCAAAAAUACAAAGAGAAGCUCCAGCACUCAAGAGAACUUUUCGCCUCCGUUUUCGACGAUCCGGCUACUUUUAAAAAGUCUCCGAACAACGGAGUUCCGGAUUUGGUGGUGCGAUUAACAGAGACAGAAAAUGACAUGUCCUACCGCGCGAAGGGAACGUCGCAGAACAUUGCGGCGCUGAAAUUACUGCAUGAGGCGAUGCAGAAGGACAGCUACACGAGAUUGUCGUCGAGGAGAUCAAGCAAUUUAUUUUCGGCUGCACAGGGAGACGGGUACGAGGAGAAUAUGCUGUUGGUUUUGCCCGAAAUCAGGCAGUCCUCUUCGGGAGCAGGAAAUGCUGCUGUUGGCGGAAAUAAACGGCCACGAGGCACGACUCAAAAGCUGCAAGCGCUGAAAGAGUUGCACGAUAAUUUACAUCGGGAGGCAACUUCUACUACUACCCGGGAAGAUGUGGAUUCUAUCGGGGAGGAGGAAGAUGUAGAUCUUCGAAACUCAGCCAAUGCUGCUCCGGCGAACGAUGCGCAAAAUAAAGAGAGUGGCAGCCAAAGCGGCAGUUUGACAGCGAGAAACCGCAGCUUCAAGGAACAGCAACAUUCUCCAACGGUAGAUGAGCAGGAGCAGGCAGCGAAGAUCGAGAGGCUUCGGCCGGCGGAUUUGAAAGAACGCGAGGAUCAUGUUGGAAGUCCUCUUCACAUGACCCGUACAACCCUUGACGCGGAGGAAGAAAUUGGGCAGUUAUCCGACCAGAGUUUCCAGGCUUGGACGAGCUUCUUCAAAGUCUUCCUCUACUUCUCGGUGUUGAUCUUUUUACUGUUUGCGGUGGAAACUUUUUCCUUCAUUUCCACACCAUCAACAGCAUCGAGUAGAUUUUCCUCCUCCACCGGCCUUCUAUGGAUUGCAAAAGCGUCUGGGUCUGGAAGAGUGUAACUUGUCAUGCUACAUCUCGAUCGUGGAAAAAUUUGUGUUGCAUGAUUACCAAGAGAGGUCCACUUUUGCACAAAUUUAGAGGCAGUUUCUCAUGCAGAAAAGGCAUGAUAGAGAUCUCACAGAACCUGUCAUGCUAGGCCGUGCAUGCCAGACCGCGUGGGUCAUGGAAAACCUGCAUGACAAACCUAGCAAUCUUCCAGACCCAGACACUUUCGCAUUUGAUGCCUCCUCUUCCGAGACUACAGCACCGCCGCCGCAAGUAAACGGGCGAAAGAGACUAUGACAGUGCACAACUUGCCUUCGCCCUCAUUUGUCAUGCAAAAUAUCUAAUUUACAACACCUCGGCUCUUGGCAUUGUUUGCAUGACAAGUUCUGGAAGCGGCCCAAAUAGUACUACAUUCCUUUUCAAAUUUGUCGUGCAAAACGUGUAUUCAUGCUGACGCUUGUAUUGCUGUUCAUGCAAUACAAAUGAGGGGGAGGGGGAGCUGUGCACUUUCAUAGAGAUGCGGAAAAAUGUGCUGAUGAUAAAGAGGAAAAACGAAGUGAAAACGGCGGCGCAAAGGGGGAGGACGCAACGGGUCGCGAACCGGUUUUGGAGUUUAAUAACCGGGAGGAAGGAUGUGUCGGAUAAUAGCAGUUUUUCAUUCAACAGUAACUACGAAUCCACCAGUCUGCUCCUAAACCGAGCCCGGCGGAUGCAGAUGCGACACGCGAUGUACGAUAGCACAACAGGUGGGGCCGCUAGUUCACAAGCACCGGAAGGACGAGAUGGAAGUAGCGAUGCAUUAUUCGACUACCAGGAGGAAUUCUACGACUACACUAAAAACCCGUUUUACAGCCUGGAGUUUAUCAACCCCGAGGACUACGAAAUCGCGAAGCAGCUAGAGGUGCAACGAUUCAUGUUUGGAGACUACAGCACCGCUACCAUGACGGAGUUGACUGCACCGAAUUAUAACGCGGCCUUUUCAGCGAGAACACCAAGUGGAGCAACUACCUCGUCAGGAGAAGACGAAGAAGAUCUUCUCUAUCCAACCUGCAAGAACCCGUUGAUUUACCGACAAGUUUCCUGCAGCCCGCUGCAGUUCUUCGUGGGUGGGUGCCUUCCGGACUUGAUCCCGGACGCGUUCGGGAUUGUGCCCGGGGCGCAAUAUUUUCUUUCCAGGUUUGAAAAUAUUUUUCCGGACGUUUUGUUCAUGUACUUUUCAAACGAUAUGUGGCGGGAGUGGUUUUUGGCUCGGGUUUAAUUAGAGUAUGGACGAGGAGGAGGAUUGGAUCGCGUGUACAUUAAUUUAGGACUUUUUUUUUCGCAUAGAAGAACUUUCGCUGCAGUACUACAAAAUACAUC